AUGAUCGGCUCACUCCUGCCUAUGGCCCUUGUGGCCUUGUUGCAGGCCACCACGGUUCUUGCGCAAACUCCUCCAUCAUGCUCGCUUGACAAGAAGUGUCCCGAGUCAGCGCCUUGCUGCUCUCAAUAUGGACAGUGCGGUACUGGAGCUUUCUGUCUCGGCGGCUGCGAUCCCCGAAUGUCCUUCUCGCUCGACUCGUGCGCCCCCGCCCCCGUCUGCCAGAACAAGAAGUACCCUAUGAACUCUCUGGACAGGAUUGUGGAGAUGGGCAAAUAUCUGGGCGACUCGUCCAAGGCCGACUGGGUGUACCAGGGCACGCCCUUCGCCCACGACGGCAACAUCCUGCUGACGAUGAAGCCCCAGAGCGUGGGUACCGUGAUGGCGUCUACGACGUACAUGUGGUACGGAACCGUCAAGGCCAAGAUCAAGACUUCUCGCGGCAGGGGUGUCGUGACGGCGUUCAUCUUGUACGGUGAUGUGAAAGAUGAGAUUGACUACGAGUGGGUUGGCGUGGAUCUCGAGACGUCGCAGACGAACUACUACUUCCAGGGAAUUCCCAAGUACGACCAAAGCUACAACAUCUCUAUGUCCUCGGACACGUUUGCGAACUGGCACGAGUACGAAAUUCGAUGGACCCCUGACCAGAUCCAAUGGGUUGUCGACGGCCAGGUCGAGCGCACCAAGGAGAAGAAGGACACGUGGAACGCCACCGCCAACCAGUGGGACUUCCCCCAGACGCCGGCACGUGUGCAGCUCUCCAUCUGGCCUGGCGGCGCUGAGUCCAAUGCCAAGGGCACCAUCGACUGGGCCGGCGGCGUGAUCGAUUGGAAUGGCGAAGACAUCAAGAAGGUCGGUUACUACUACGCCACGUUCGGUGAGAUCGAAGUCCAGUGCUUCAACGCCAACAGCCCCCCCGGAACCAACAAGGGCAAGAGCUACAUCUACAACGACUACCGCGCCACCAACGACACGGUUGAGGAUACGGACAAGGGCACCGUCCUCUCCAGCUUCGCGGCCACCGGUCGCGACAUGACCAAGGGCGCUGAGUCAUCGGAUGACAGCGUCUCGCAAAUCCCUGGAGGCACCAACCCCGGAAGCGGCAGCACGGGACACGGAACCGACAGCGGCAGCGGCAGCGACGGCUCUUCCGGCGGCGGGCAGGUGUCGGACGAGUGCAAGGGCGGCAACUCGUUUGCGCAGUCGUGCACGGAGGAUACUACGAAGGAUGGUGCGGCGGGGAAGAAGGGGCCUGCUAGUGCUUUGGCGGUGAUUAUUGCGUUGGGUGCGUUGUUGUGGGUGUAG